AAAGAAAAGUUUAUGUUCACACCUAGCCUUAACAACUUUGAAAUAACUUUUGACGAAUCUGCAGUAGGCUAUAGUUAUGAGUGGUGAUGCGGCAAAUAUUGACAGAAAUAUAGAACAACUCAAGAAGACAGAAUUACCAAACGAGUUGGAAGUCAGAGUGUUGUGUGAGAAAGCUAAGGAAAUACUCAAUUUGGAAAACAACGUUGAGAAAAUAAGUACCCCAGUAACAGUCUGCGGUGAUAUCCACGGUCAGUUCUAUGACCUGCGGGAGUUGUUUGCUGUCGGAGGGGACCUCCCUGAGAGCAACUACCUGUUCAUGGGUGACUACGUUGACAGGGGACAUCACAGCGUGGAGGUGUUCCUACUUCUGUUGUCCUACAAGGUCCGAUAUCCCGGCAGGAUCACGCUGAUACGAGGCAACCACGAGUCUCGGCAGAUCACACAGGUCUACGGGUUCUACGACGAAUGUCUCCGCAAGUUCGGCAGCAACAGCGUCUGGCGCAUGUGCAGCGAGGUGUUCGACCUCCUCCCUCUGGCGGCCAUCAUCGACGACAAGAUCCUCUGCGUCCACGGUGGGCUGUCCCCCAACAUCCAGACCAUCGAUCAGAUCCGGUCCAUCCAGAGACGCACGGAGGUUCCCCACGACGGUCCCAUGUGUGACAUCCUCUGGUCCGACCCUGAUGACAUCCAAGGCUGGGGCGUCAGCCCUCGUGGCGCUGGGUAUCUCUUCGGUGCAGAUGUUGUCUCUCAGUUUAACAACGCCAACAAGACUGAGCUGAUCUGCCGUAGCCACCAGUUGGUGAUGGAAGGUUACAAAUGGCAUUUCUCGGAGACUCUGCUGACCGUCUGGUCAGCGCCGAACUACUGCUACCGCUGCGGCAACGUGGCGGCCAUCUUGGAGGUCAACGAGCAUCUGCAGAAGGAGUUCACUGUCUUCGAGGCGGCUCCUCAGCAGUCGCGGGCCCAAAUCAACCAGAAGGUCAAGACGGACUACUUCCUGUAA